UUGUGACUCACAACAUUUUAAACGCUCAAAUAGUGUAUAUCGUGGAUAUUGUUCGAAGUCUUGUAUUACACAACUUGCGUAAUUAAUAACAAAUAAAUUGUGAAGUGAUUUUAAUUGUUUUUGUGGAAAUAUUGUGAAGUGAAUUUUCUGAAAAGAUCAAAAGUGCAUAACCAAAGAGGAUUACUUUAUUCCCACGUUGCUAAGAUGUGUAUAUCAAAAGUGCAACACCCCAAGUGCAAAAUGCUAAACAGAAAUACAAUCGUAGGGGAAGUUACUGGCGUGUUGACCCGCGCUCGGGUUGAAAGGCGCCUAAUAUGCGGUCUUCUUCCUGCUAUCACCUUCCUGGAGGAUAACCCCGAUGGAGCGCUACUUUGUAUGCUCUCCCAGACCAGACCAGGGGAUGCCGCCACUCACAUCCAAACAGUGCUAUUACAAGCAUUCUGUUACGAAAAUUUCAUCCCUGUAAUACAGGUUGAUAGCAGUGAAAAAUUAGCAGAUUUAUGCGGACUAUCAGAAGGCAAAGGCAGAAAUUCCGAAUGUUUCUGCGCAAUCAUUACAACAGACACAAAUAAUGAAUUAAACCCUGAUGAAGAUCCACCCCUAUCACCAUCCGAACAGAAGCUGGCGGACUUCUACGAGUGCACACUAGAGGAGUAUCCAAGACCAGUCAUUCACCUUCCAUCCUUAGGAACAACGUGAACAAUUUUCAGAAAAGGGUUGAAAUUAUCCCAAGAGUGAAUUCUACUAAGAAGUUGUACUACUUGCUGGUGUACAUAAUCUGCCUAUUAAUCGGUAGCGUCAAGAUCAUCUGCUGAUCAUCAUAAUCAGCAAAUGUAUGAUGAAGUUUUCCAUAAGAUUAGAGAAAAAUAUUGUUAAACACUUUCAUUUGGAAAAUGUUGGUUUAACAAUUAAACUUGUUGAUUAUUUGUUUAGUUAAUUUAGGAUUAAGUGUUUAGUUUGUAAAAAUUACUUUAAUGUGGAAGAUUGUACUUUAUCCUUUUCUGAAAAUUGACUUUGAAAACUGAUUUGUAAAAAACAUAAUACCCAAUUGUGUUUGUUGAGAAUUGUCACAUUUAUAAUGUUGAAAUAUUGUGUAAUAAAAAUAGAUUUGUUGCU